GAUGUUUAUGAAGGACGCCGGAUAGACGGGCUGAUCUAGGUGUACGGUCUACUCAUGUAGGGUCCCGUAGUAGGGCGGGAUGUCGAUUAACGAGACCCGGAGAGGCGGGUCCAGCAUCAAAGUUAGAUUAACAGUAUUAUGUGCCAAAAACCUUGCAAAGAAGGAUUUCUUCCGGCUUCCGGAUCCAUUUGCUAAAAUAGUGGUUGAUGGUUCUGGUCAGUGCCACUCAACAGACACUGUGAAAAACACCUUGGACCCAAAAUGGAACCAACAUUAUGAUCUCUAUAUUGGGAAAAUGGAUUCUAUCACCAUUGGUGUCUGGAAUCACAAGAAAAUCCACAAAAGGCAAGGAGCUGGCUUCCUGGGAUGUGUCCGACUCCUGUCAAAUGCCAUUAGCAGACUGAAGGACACAGGAUAUCAACGUUUGGACCUAUGCAAAUUAAACCCCACCGACAGUGAUGUUGUACGGGGCCAAAUAGUAGUAAGUUUACAGACCCGGGAUAGACUUGGCGUGGGUGGAUCAGUUGUGGAUUGCAGAGGUCUGCUGAACAAUGAAGGGAUGGUUUGUGAAGGAUCUGGUCCAGGGAGGCCAUUAAGCUGUUUCAUGGAUGAGCCAGCUCCAUAUUCAGAUGGGACAGGUGCAGCUGGAGGAGGAAACUGCAGAUUUUCGGACUCUCCAAGCCAGGAUCCGCACCACCAAGUACAAAGAUUUCACGUAACAGAAGUCCGAAACCAUGUUCAAACUCCACAGAACCGGCCUCAUGGUUAUCAGCCACUGGACUUACCUGAAUGCUAUGAACAAAGGACCACAGUGCAUGGGCAGGUUUAUUUCUUGCAUACGCAGACUGGUGUUAGUACGUGGCAUGACCCAAGAAUACCAAGAGACCUUAACAGUGUGAAUUGUGAUGACCUAGGCCCUCUACCUUCAGGGUGGGAAGUUCGGAGUACAGUCUCUGGGAGAAUAUAUUUUGUAGAUCAUAAUAACCGAACAACACAAUUUACAGAUCCCAGAUUACAUCACAUCAUGAAUCCUCAGUCACAGCUGAAGGAACCAAGCCAACCUCUGUCGGUGCAGAGUGAUGGAUCUUUGGAGGAUGGAGAUGAGUUUCCGGCUCAGAAAUAUGAACGGGAACUGGUGCAAAAACUUAAAGUCCUGAGGCAUGAGUUAGCCCUGCAGCAGCCACAGGCUGGGCACUGCCGUGUAGAAGUCUCCAGAGAGGAAAUCUUUGAGGAGUCUUAUCGGCAAAUAAUGAAGAUGAGAACUAAAGACCUGAAGAAGAGGCUUAUGGUGAAGUUUCGAGGAGAGGAGGGUUUAGACUAUGGUGGAGUAGCCAGGGAAUGGUUAUAUUUACUAUGCCAUGAAAUGCUGAAUCCUUAUUAUGGGCUUUUCCAGUACUCCAGUGACAAUAUUUACACCCUACAAAUCAAUCCUGAUUCUUCCAUUAACCCAGAUCACCUAUCUUACUUUCACUUUGUUGGUCGAAUCAUGGGCUUGGCUGUGUUCCAUGGACACUACAUAAAUGGGGGAUUUACAGUCCCUUUUUACAAGCAGCUUUUGGGAAAACCAAUUCAACUUUCCGACCUGGAGUCGGUGGAUCCAGAGCUCCACAAGAGCUUGGUGUGGAUUCUUGAGAAUGACAUCACAUCUGUAUUAGACCACACCUUCUGUGUCGAGCACAAUGCUUUUGGGCAAAUCCUCCAGCAUGAACUCAAGCCCAACGGAAGGGAAAUUCCUGUGACAGAGGAGAACAAGAAGGAAUAUGUGAGGUUGUACGUUAACUGGCGUUUUAUGAGAGGUAUUGAGGCUCAAUUCCUUGCUCUGCAAAAGGGGUUUAAUGAACUGAUACCCCAGCACCUCCUGAAGCCAUUUGAACAGAAGGAACUAGAGCUUAUUAUCGGUGGCCUGGAUAAAAUUGAUUUAGCUGACUGGAAGGCAAAUACUAGGCUGAAGCACUGCCUUGCAGACAGCAAUAUUGUCAAAUGGUUUUGGCAGGCAGUGGAAGCCUUUGAUGAGGAGAGGAGGGCACGGCUUCUGCAGUUUGUCACCGGCUCUACACGAGUACCUCUUCAGGGCUUUAAGGCUCUACAAGGUUCAACAGGUGCAGCAGGCCCCAGGCUUUUCACUAUACAUCUAAUUGAUGGCAACACAGACAGCCUCCCCAAGGCCCAUACCUGUUUUAACAGAAUUGACAUUCCACCAUAUGAGUCCUAUGAAAAACUGUAUGAGAAACUUUUAACUGCAGUAGAGGAGACAUGUGGCUUUGCAGUAGAGUGAAUGCUCUCAACCAAAGGAAACUGUUACACAAACCUGAUCAAAACCUACAGACAUGCUGCAGACCCUUGAACUCUUGUCUACAUUUCCUGGUUUCCCUUCCACACUUUUUUGGAAGAACGUGAUAUCACCUUUUUCUUUC